UAUGAGCUUAGGCAAUUCUUCAGAGUUUCUGUAGCUUGAUGAUUGCUUAGUUUAAUAGUUUCUAAAAACAAUUGCAUCCUAAAAAUUUUGUAUUUAAAUGGAACUACUUAGCAAUUCUGGGUUAUCCUGUAAUUGAAGAGAAGCAAAAGAACCCGUAUAUUAGAGUUCAAUUAGGCUUUCAAUUUAAUAGAAAUGGUUACAAUGAUGUACUAGCGUUUAAUUAUAUUUUCAAUUCUAGAAAGUAUAUUCAAUGACCUUAGACAACAGGUAUUUUCUAUGCUUGUCAUGUUAAAAUAGUAUUUCUUGCCUAUUAGAAGUUGGAACAUAUAUAAAUUCUUAAUCUUGCAUUGAGGAAGACAGAAAGAUUAUCCAUGAAAAAAAAAGUUUUAGAUAGGUGCUUAAAGACUACUAUUUCUAUUUGUGCGUUCUUUGUAUAUGAUUUAAUGGAAGGAGGAACAAACAUUUAAUUUGGCUUGAUUACGCUUUUGAUUAAUGUAAGCUUUAGCAUAUGCAUUUUCAGCUAAAGGUGAUGUUCUCCAAGUCCAUCUGUGUUAUUGUUAUUAUGUUCAAUCCCAUGGUUAGAACACAGAUGAAGUCCCUAGAUUCAUUUAGUUGUCUGAAAACUGAAUUGUGAUAUAUGUAAAAAGUAAAAAACUCAAGUUUGUUUUAUGGAUAUUGACUUGUGGGUCAUCGAACAUGGCCUUGCUCUGAUUCUUGGAGACUUGAACCAUAACCGAGAAACACGGAACUGCAAGCAAAUAGUAUAAAGGGACACACUGAUAUUUGGAGUUGGCAUUUACACUUUUGCAGAGACAUUUAUCUUAAAGGAAGGUAUUUGUUGUGAUCCAUUGGAGGAUAUUCCUGUACACAUAUUCCUUUGUUGUUUCUCUAUCAUUGCUAUCCUAUAUGGGCUGAGGUGCACAUUUCAUGGGAGGUGUGGAGGAUGAAGAACCAGCCUCAAAACGCAUGAAAUUAGCUUGUGGAGAGUUGAGAGGUCUUUCUAACGGUGGUUCUUUAACAGAGACCGUAGUUGGCCCUCCAAGGGACUUGAUGGCUCGGCCCCUGCAGUCUGAAGGGGACGAAGAUGUUGUUGGCUCAAAAGGAGUUAUUAAAAGAGUUGAAUUUGUUAGAAUAAUAGCCAAGGCGUUAGAUUCUCUUGGGUAUAAGAAGAGCAGUGCUCAUCUAGAGGAAGAGUCAGGCAUCCCCUUACACUCAUCUGCAGUAAAUUUAUUCAUGCAGCAAAUUCUUGAUGGCAAUUGGGAUGAAAGUGUAGCUACUUUGCAUAGCAUUGGUCUGAAAGAUGAAAACAUUGUUAAGUCGGCCUCUUUUCUGAUAUUGGAACAGAAAUUUUUUGAGCUUUUGGAAAGGGAGAAAAUCAUGGAUGCUUUAAAGACAUUGAGGACUGAGAUUGCUCAUCUUUGCAUAAAUAGUAGUAGAAUCCGUGAGCUUUCUUCCUGCAUUGUUUCUCCUUCACUCUGUGCUUCAGUUGGGUCUUCUAAUCAAGGUAAUGCAAGGAUGAAGUCUCGGUCAAAGCUGCUGGAGGAAUUGCAAAAGUUGCUCCCACCAACAGUUAUAAUACCUGAAAGAAGGUUGGAAUAUUUGGUAGAACAGGCUCUUACAUUGCAACGUGAUGCUUGCAUCUUUCAUAACUCCUCAGACAAAGGAAUGUCAUUGUACACAGAUCAUCAGUGUGGAAGAGAUCAGAUUCCAUCUCGAACUUUGCAGAUAUUGGAGGCACAUUCUGAUGAGGUGUGGUUCUUACAAUUUUCACACAAUGGGAAAUACUUAGCUUCAUCAUCCAGGGAUCAAUCAGUAAUUAUAUGGGAGGUUGAUAAAAAUGGUGUAGUUUCUUUAAAGCAUCGAUUAUCUGGUCAUCAAAAACCUGUAUCCUCUGUUUCCUGGAGUCCCGAUGACCAUCAGCUCCUCACUUGUGGGACAGAGGAGGCUGUAAGGCGCUGGGAUGUUUCAUCUGGUGAAUGCCUCCAUGUUUAUGAGAAAGCUGGUCUUGGCCUCACUUCCUGUGGAUGGUUUCCUGAUGGAAAAUGGAUAUUCUCUGGCAUUAAUGAUAAGAGUAUCUGCAUGUGGGAUUUGGAUGGAAACGAGCUAGAGUGUUGGAGAGGGCAACGGACAAUGAAGAUAUCUGAUUUGGAAAUAACAAGUGAUGGGAAGCAGAUCAUAAGCAUGUGCAGAGAAUCUGCCAUCCUGUUACAUGAUAGGGAAGCAAAAAUUGAAAGAUUGAUCGAGGAGGACCAAAUAAUAACUUCAUUCUCAUUAUCAAGAGAUAAUAGGUUCUUGCUGGUUAAUCUUCUGAACCAAGAAAUUCACCUUUGGAAUAUAGAUGGUGGCAUCAAGCUUGUAGCCAAAUAUAAAGGUCACAAACGAACCCGGUUUGUUAUUAGGUCUUGUUUUGGGGGACUUGAACAGGCUUUUAUUGCCAGUGGCAGUGAAGACUCACAGGUAUAUAUAUGGCAUAGAGGGUCAAGAGAGCUGGUAGAGGCAUUGCCUGGUCACACUGGAGCUGUCAACUGUGUAAGUUGGAAUCCGAAAAAUCCGCACAUUUUGGCAUCAGCUAGUGAUGAUAGAACAGUUCGAAUAUGGGGCUUGAAUGGUAUACAAAUGAAACACAAGGGUGCUCACAGCAAUGGCAUCCAUUACUGCAAUGGUGGAACUUGAAGCCAAGCUCAUGCCAGUCAUAAUUAAUAUCUAAAUUUAAAUUCUUUUCUUGACUAUUGCUUUCAAUGUAUAUACUCUGUUUUCAUUGCCAACCAAACAACAGCGUUGAGAAUUAUGCAGUAACUAUCUGAUAAUAAAUUUACUAUCUUUUUAACA